AUGUUCUCCUUCGGUCAGACCGGAGACCUCUUUGAUCGAGGGCUCGACCAACUAAUGACGUACAUGGGCGAAAUGGGGGGGAUUGCCGAGAAGGAUAACAAAGCGCUCCCUAACGCGGACAGGCUUCUGCCGGAUGAUGUUCCCGAGGAGUCGGUUGGGGAGGGAGGUAGCCAUGACAAUUUCGGCAUGUUCGACUCAAACCCGUUCGGUGCCGUGAAUCUCGCUGCGUCGUUUCCGGAAGGCUCGUGCGAGCCGCAGCUAGUCCCGUGCGCUCAGAAGCCGGCUGCGACGACGACGACGACGAACGACGUCGCCGACUCAGUCGCAGACGGAGCGUUCGGAUCGCCUGACGCGUUCAGCUCGCCGGACGGCUUCGCCUCGGAGGAUUUCAAUCUGUCGUUCGGGAUGGAUGACGUGGAUGCGAUGAACCAGCAGGACCUUCGUUACAAUCUCAUGCUCAGAGGAGCGGGCCUUGCAGAGCAUUCUACCGCGGAUGCUCCGUCUCAUCCCAAGAUGGAGUUCCCGGAGUACCCCGCGCAUCACCCGAUGAAUCAUCCGAUGUAUCCGCCGCACAUGCCGCUCUACUAUCCGGGAAUGCCCACCAUGCCGGUUCCCUACUACGGCAUGCCGUACCCUCCCUUCGCGUACAACCCGUGGAUGACUCCUUAUUCCUCGCCCUUCAUGCCUCCUCAACAUGCCAUGCCUGGAACUAGCGCAAUGCCCACCGACCCUGCAGCCAUCGCGCGUCAGCGUCGCCUUGUCGCGGAUUCCGUGCGCGGAAAGCGUCGACGACACGCACACCAUGCCUCCUCGCAGCUCCCUUCCGCCGCAUCUUCCGCCAUGCCGUCCGUAUCUGGUUACGGCCACCCUUUCCCAUCCUCACCAUCCAUGCUCCCCUGGACUCACGUCAAUCCCGAGGCUGCUGACUCAGUGAACACCGCUCCCCCUUCGCCGUUCGUUCCUGCUGCUCCCCUGCCGCCGUUCUCCCCCGCCGUCGUCCCGUCGUCUCCCAAAGCCGUCGCGUCUCCCGCACGGUGCGCCUCGCCUGUCCCCGCAUCAUCCCCCACUGCGGUGGGAAAAGGCGGCGCGGGGAAGGCUGCGGCGAAGAGUCCGCUGGGUAGAUCUGCUCCUCCUGCUCCCGCUGCUGCUGCUGCUGCUGCUGCUGCUGCUGAUGGCAAAUCUCCUGCAGUGAAGUUCUCAGCUGAAGCGGAUGUCGUUGCUGCUCCAGCCGCUACCCUGCCGGUUUCGCCUGUCCUUAAGAUUGAAGAGGACGUGUUCGUUCCUACGGCUACCGCUCCCGUUAUCCCCGCCAUUGCCGCCCCUGCGGGCGGGCAGCAAGCUAAGGGAGGGAAGGCUGCGGCGAAGCAGCAGCGGGAUGAGAGGCGCGUGAAGCGGCUGCUGCGGAACCGCGUGAGUGCGCAGCAGGCGCGGGAGCGGAAGAAGAAUUAUGUGUCGGAGUUGGAGCAGCGGUGCGAGACGGUUGAGAGGAGUAACGCGGAGAUUGAGGGGGAGAUUGCUGCGCUGAUGGCGGAGAACGAGCGCCUGAGGCAGUCAAUGCGGAGAGCCAUCAGGGUCUGA